CUUGACAAAACUAUUGAAACGAGGAGCUUGUGGGAGGAAAAGCAUCAUUGCAUCAAGAGUCGGAGCAAAUAAACGAGACGCUGCCGGAUUCCGGAUACACCUCUUCCAAACGGCCAAACCUCAACUCCAAGCUCCGACUCUCCGGCGGGUUUGAUCUGACCCGGCUACAUUCACUGCUCAACAUCCCGCCACUGCGGGAAACAAAACUUCACCCCAAGCCCCGCACCCUUCUCUUCUAACUGUUAACACCACCGGAGCCUGUGUUUAUCCGGUUAUCCUUAUCCCUGUCGCAUCCAUUCUUCUUCUCCGGUUUCAAUACGACAGGCGGAGACCUGUUCGAGGCUUUCCUGCGCCCAACACGGCGCAAUUACUGAUUGGCGAGGCCGUUAUUGUUCGGGGAAUGCAUAAUGCGAUAGUAGCCAGAUUUUCGUAUGACCUUUGUUGAAAUAUCAAACUGGUGGUUCUCUGAUUUAUUUUGAGGAAUUGAAAUCACACGAGAUGAGCAGAUCUCCGUCAUUCUCAGUGAAGUCGGAUCCUAAUCUGAAGGUUGAUGAUAAAUUAUUGCAACAAUGGGUUGUUGCCUUUUGCAUCAUUAGGUUCGAUCUUGAACAAGGACAACUCAUUGAAGAGUGCUACCCUCCAGGCGCUUUGACCCAAAGUGAGGAGCUUGAAGUUUCUUUUAGUUCGUUUCCAGACUCUGUUUCUCAAUAUCACAAUCGCUCAAGCAUCCACGAUUCCAUCUUUUUCUUCCGCUUCCGCAGACAGCAGGUUUCUCAGUUGUCACCUGAGAUCGUUGAGGUUGACAGGGUUCGAGCAUCUAAAAGUUUGUUGGGCGGUGAGUUCCCUAAAACAAUAACGAGAACUAACCAUAUAGCUGAAUCGCGAUACCUGUACGGGUUUGUAUUUAAUAGACAGAGGCAUGAUGAGAGGCUGAAGCGUGGUGGUGAGCAAAAAUCAGUGGUGAUUCUCUCACAUAGUCCAUUCUCAAGUGUGUUUAGACCUUUGUUGCAAAUAUUGGGACCGUUGUAUUUUGAUAUUGGACAGAAAGCCCUUCAUUACGUUGCUUCUUAUGUGUCAACGUGGUCUUCUCCUGCACCUGGUCAGUUGAUGGAUCUUCCCAUUGGAAAUGCUACCCUAAAAGUGACAUUGCCAUCUGCCCAUUGUUUGCCCCUAGAUGGUGGUGGAGUAUUCUUUGAAGAGUUGCUAUCAUCUGUAGCUCCUUCCCUGCAGCCUUCCAAUCAGUCAGUUCCACACGGACUGUUUCAUGAUUCGGAUCUGUUUGGCAUUUUCAGAGGGCUCUUAAUGCAGGUAUGGAAGCUGUGGGAACUGCUACUCAUUGGAGAGCCUAUUCUUAUCAUUGCUCCAACUCCUCCUCAGUGUUGUGAAGCAGUUUCUGGUCUGGUUAGUUUGGUUUCUCCCCUACUUUGUAGUAUUGAUUUCCGGCCUUAUUUUACCAUCCAUGACGCAGAAUUUGCUCAUUUAAACACCCUGCCAGAGGGUGCUACAUUUCCUCCGAUGGUUUUGGGUGUCACCAAUCUAUUUUUCUUGAAAGCCCUUCGCAAUAUGCCUCACAUUGUGUCAGUUGGAAGAACUGCCCCCAACUCAAACCGACUGUCACUUGGCAAUAGAUCCUCUCCAGGGAUGAACAUGAAGAAGUUUACGCCAUUGAACUUUUUGAAUGCUGUGAAGAUGAAGAGGGAGGGCCCUCUUUGUCUGAUGACAGAGCACAAAGAAGCAGUUUGGACCACAUACACUGCCAUCACAAAACCAGACACUUCAAUCUUGAACAGGCUGAUUGAUGCAGGAGUUUCACCCCGUGUAGAGGAAUCAAUGUCUCUUGUUAACAAUGAGAUCUUGCGCCGUCAUUUCUUGGAGCUCACGACCAACUUUUUGUCCCCAUUUGCCCCAUAUUUCAGGGUAACCACACCUUCUGAAGGAUUAUCCCCAUUUCUUGAUCCUCCUUCCCUUCCUUCUUUCAAUGACGAGGAAUUCCUUUCAAUCUUAUCAGCACGAGGACCUGGAAAAUUUUUACUGAAGAGGAUGACUUCAAACUGGCUGGAUUUAUACAGGCAAUUGAUUUAUCAUUUUAUUCAUUGGGCAUCUUUCAGAUCUUAUCACAGUAUCGCACACAUGUUGGCUAAAAGACUUCCAUUUGUUUUACAUUCUCAUCCUCAAAUCUCAUUAUUUUUCUUGUAAUAAUUUAUAACAUGUCAUUCUUAGCCAAGUAAUUAAGAUAAAUUUCUCUACUGUAUUGAGAUGUUAUUUACAUAUGCAAUGUAGGAGGUUUCUAAAGGGGCAUAACUUUAUUCCAUGGUUUCAAAGAAAGCGUGCCAUUGCUGAACAUGAACAGUAUAGGUUAUGGAGGCACGCAAGAAUGAAGACUGACAUAAAAGAAGUAAUAUCUCAAAUGUCUGAGUUGGAGAUAAUUGAUGCUUUCAAUGCAAUUGAAAGAAAUCUUGUCAGGGAGAUGCAGGCAGGUUCUUUCUACCACUGCAGGAGCAGUAAUGCAGACUCGGGUUCCACUUGUCACAAGCUAAAGGGGGAUCUCCAAGCGGUAUUCAGUGUUCUCUCCCUGGACAUUCAGCAUCUCAUGCUAAUGAAUCCUGAAAGAGCUGCUCUCCUCAAAGGCAGUCAUGAAGGUUCAUAGCACUUCCACCCACUUUGCCAUCUACAUGACUGAAACAUAAGCGUUUUGAGCCCUGGUCGUGAAGCAAUUAUGUCUUUCAUCCACUGCUGCUGAAAGAUAUAUAUGGAGCAAUUCUUCACAUUCUCUUCCUGACUGUCAUUCAUUCGAGCUAACCAAUUCAUAGAUUGCUCUCCCAUUCAGAUUUAAGCAGCUGUGGGAGAUUUCUUGUUCAACUAAACCAUCCGGAAAGCGGAAAUGACAGAGAUCAUAUGCUUUUGCAGUGUUAUGAUUAGAUUUAACAUGCCAUGGAGGUUUAUGUACCGAAAGCAGAGAAGUUACGAUUGGACCUUGGCGUCCUUCAGUGUACAUUCACCUGACCCGCACUGUCAUAUAAUUAAGACAAAGAGGUCGGCUCAACUUUAUUAGUGAAUGAAAGGGAGUAGGGUGAGCAUCUUUGCUUAAUUAUUACAGUAUUCCCGGGUCCUUUUAUUGAUAAGUUUGCACUUGGUAAACUUAGGGAUGUAACACCCCCCCCCCCCCCCCCCCCGAAAAUGAACGAAUUUCAGCAAAAAAUGCAUUCAAGUAAGAAAAUACUAAGGAAGUAGAAUUGCGGAUUUUCCUUUUCCUGCUUGAAUAUUGCUUAACAUUUGUGACCUUGCUCUGUGGACUUUUAUGCAAAAUAAAGCUGAUGAUUUUAAUGCAGUGGAAA